UUCAAUGUCUAAACAGGAAGUUAAGUGCUACAUGAAAAAUUGGCCACUGCAGGCCCUACACUGAAACUCACAGAUUGAGACAACACGUUUACACGAUACCCUGACUGUAGGUGGAACGUGGGCGACAAGAUUUAUAAACGUCGGACUUGAACGGCAAAAUCCAUUGAGUCGUACUCACUCCCUGCUGAUCAUGACAGCCGCUGCCAAUGAAGAGGUUCGCUGUGAGAUCCGGUGUCAUCGUGCGAAGAGUGACAGGAUUCUUUAUUCCCGGGUGAGCCGCAGAGAUAAAGUGCUGUCAGUGUGCCUCACUCGGUUCGCUGCGUUUGUCUCUAUACUUCUGUCGUGUGCUGCACUCCUGCUACACGCAUUUCAACAUAAAGCAGCGGACAACCAGCUCACUUCAGCGGGAAGCUAUUCUAUAGGCAGUAUACAGCAGCAGCAAGUUAGAACCAAUCCAAGUGCUCAUCUGACAGCUCCAGCCUCAUUUAAUCAUUCGAAGAGGGAAUACCUUGAAUGGGAGGACAAACUUGGACUUGCGCACCUCAGCGACUUUGAGUAUGAUGACGGCGACCUCAUCGUGCCGAAAGAUGGCGUGUACGAGGUUUACCUGCAGAUCACCUUCCGAAGACCUAGUCACUUUGUGUGUAGCAAAGAGGGCCCUGUUUUCAUCCUCUCCCAGAGGGUGAUCCUGUUUGCAAUGAACUACCAGAAUGACAGAGAACUCCUAACAGCAUCUGACACAGUGUACUGCAGUCAGCCCCCUGGCUCAGAGGGCUGCAUGGAGGAGGACUCAGUGGUUCCUUACUGGGAAAAGUCUCCACGCACAUCCGGAGUGUUCAAACUAAAAGCUGGGGACAGGCUUAGAGUGAGUAACGAGGACAGGUACCAUGAGUUGAUGCUCCUUCAAGAAGACAAGACAUUUUUUGGGGCACAUCUCAUUUGAGGUACAGGAAUAAUAAUGGACUUUAGGACUGUAUAUAUGUCUGCUUUAGGUUUCUAUAUUUUAUUGAAUAAGUCGUGACUUGUGUCAACUGCUACAUAAUGAGAGCAGGGCUUUGUUGAAAUGAUUGGAACCACUAUCACUUAUCAGACAAUUGUCAUAUCUGUUCACUAUAUACUUUAUUUAUUUCUGGAGAGUUUUGAUUUGAGAAUGAUUUGAGAAUGUGCGUGAAAGAGCACUUGAAGUACAACAUUGCAAUGUUAUUAUGAUCUCAAGCGUGGCCAUAAAUAACUUCUUAUUCAGUAAAACGGUGAUGUUGCUAUAGGGUUAUCCCAAUUCUGAUCUUUAUCCGCAAAUUGGUC